UUUGCAUUCAUCCCAAUUCCAUCCCAUCUCAUUGCUGGAAACUCAAACCACUCUGGCGCCAGUUUCUUUCACGCUUCCUCGCUUGUUCCUCGUUUCCUCCCCCCCCUUCCGACUUCGCUUCGGCUCUUGUCUCCCCAUCUGACUCAUAUCUAUCCACUCACACGUUUCUAGACUUUCUAGACCAUUAUAAAGUCUGCAUUGUUGUCCUCUCCAUCUUCUUCACUUAUUUCCAUACAUCCGGCACCAGCCACAUUCUUCACACAUUCCAUCCCCCACCAUGCCUUUGAUCCGCACCACAGAAGUAUCUGAGGACACUCGCGUCCUGGGAUACGAUGCCCUUCUUCCCCCUCAGUUCCUGCAGACCGAGAUCCCAGCUCUAAAAACUUCCCUUGAGGUUGUCAAGGCUGGCCGCAACCAGGCCAUUGAGAUCAUCGAACAACGCGAUGACCGUCUGCUGGUCAUGGUCGGCCCCUGCUCGAUCCACGAUCCUGCCACGGCCCUCGAGUAUGCCGCUCGUCUUAAGGAGCUCUCCGACAAGCUUUCCUCCGACAUCUGUGUCAUCAUGCGUGCUUACCUUGAGAAGCCCCGCACCACGGUGGGGUGGAAGGGUCUGAUCAACGACCCCGACAUCGAUGAGUCCUACAACAUCAACAAGGGUCUCCGUGUCUCACGCCAGCUCUACUCCGACCUCACCAGCAUGGGUCUCCCCAUCGCCAGUGAGAUGCUGGAUACCAUCUCUCCCCAGUACCUGGCCGAUCUGAUCUCGCUGGGUGCCAUCGGUGCCCGUACCACCGAGUCGCAAUUGCACCGUGAGCUCGCCUCCGGUCUCAGUUUCCCCAUUGGUUACAAGAACGGUACUGAUGGCAACCUCACCGUUGCCAUUGAUGCCAUUGGUGCCGCCGCGCACCCCCACCGCUUCCUGGGUGUUACCAAGCAAGGUCUGGCUGCCAUUACUAAGACCUCGGGCAACGAGCACGGCUUCGUCAUCCUCCGUGGUGGCAGCAAGGGCACCAACUAUGACCGUGAGAGCAUCAAGGGCGCACGCGAGUCCCUGCGGGGCAAGAAGCAGCGCGAGGUCGUCAUGGUUGACUGCUCGCACGGCAACUCGAACAAGAACCACCGCAACCAACCCCUGGUUGCCAAGGAGGUCUCCGACCAGCUCCGCGAGGGCCAGGAUGCCAUCAUCGGAGUGAUGAUCGAGUCCAAUAUCCACGAGGGUAACCAGAAGGUUCCCGCGGAGGGUCCCUCCGGCCUGCGCAAGGGUGUCAGCAUCACUGACGCCUGCAUCGACUGGGAGACCACCGUCACGGUUCUCGAGGACCUCGCCGACGGUGUUCGCGCCAGACGCGCCGCCAAGAUCGCUCAGGCCAAGGCAAGCAAUGGCGCUUCCCACUAAGCGAUGUUGGAUGGAUGAUCUGAGUCUACGAACCCCCCCCCC